UAAAGUUUCCAUAUUAUUAUAUCAUCUAUUGUAUUUACCAUUUAGUUAAUACUUAAUACUAAUAGUUGAAUAGACUGACAAGACAGUGAUGUUUUACUUUUUUCUUUCGUGAGUUCGAAUAUUUUGGAACAUUUGUGAGCCGACAGUCAUUGGAGUGAACCGAAAUAUUGUCUUCAAUUGUAUAGAUAUACAAGUAUUUUAGUUAUGUCAACGUCUGAAACGACUAACGGGCAAGUGGCUACUACUCCGGUAGCACCGACCGUCGAUGCCCCACCAGAGUCGAGUGUUUCAGAAUCUCAGGUAACUUCCUCCGAGAGUAAUGCUAAAAGGCUGAAAAAUCCCAAGCACAAUGCACCCAUGCGCCAAUAUUUAGACCAAACUGUUGUACCAGCAUUGUUAGUAGGCAUGAAGGAGUUAGUCAAGGAAAGACCUCCUGAUCCAUUGGGUUUUCUAGCUGCAUUUUUAUUGAAGUAUAAAAAGGAACAUGUUGACAAAGACUCAAUUUCAGAAACAUAAACGGAUACAUUUUCUUCAUAAAAAAAAAAAAAAUUAUAACAAUAAUUACUAAAUAGACAUAAAUAAUAAUCACA